CCUAUAAUAAACUGUCUGUCAGAUGAACAGAGUCAAGACUCCUGUGAGAGACUCAGAUGAGCGUUUGCGCUUCCAGUGGACGGAGCGUUGGAUCCAUACUGACACUGGGAAUCAGGAAGAUGCGUUGUGGAGUCUAUCAUUUAAGACUAGCAGCCGUUUUAGCGCUGCUGCCAUGCCUAUUGUGUUUCAAUGUGGAUGAGAAGAACAAGAUGUCAUUCAGUGGACCGGAGGAAGACAUGUUUGGAUAUACUGUCCAACAGUUUGAGAACAAUGAGGGAAAGUGGGUUCUCAUUGGUUCUCCUUUGACUGGACAGCCGGCAAAACGGACUGGAGAUGUGUACAGGUGCCCUGUGGGGCAACACAACAAAAAAAAUGAGUGUGAAAAAUUCUAUUUGCCAGAAAACACAACAAUUCCAAACAUACAUGAAGUCAAGGAAAACAUGACUAUGGGAACGACAUUGGUGGUUAACCCAGACGGCAACGGAUUUCUGGCCUGUGGUCCUCAGUAUGGAUACAUGUGUGGAAAGCAGCAGUACAUCACAGGCAUCUGUUCUAAUGUGAGCUCCUCCUUCAAAGUUCUCAACUCCAUCGCUCCAACUGUAAGAGAGUGCAAGCAGGAUAUGGACAUUGUCAUAGUGCUGGAUGGAUCCAACAGCAUCUACCCCUGGAAUCAUAUCACUGAGUUCCUGGUCAAGUUUCUCCAGAACAUUGAUAUUGGACCUGCCCGAGUGGGCAUCGUGUCGUAUGGAGAUGAAGUCGGCCACGUCUUUAAUCUCAGCCAGUUCAACAACACAAAGGAGCUUGUUGAAAAAGCUGCUGGUAUCCCACAAAAAACCGGACACAAAACCAUGACGGCUCUUGGCAUUGAUACAGCAAGGAAAGAGGCCUUUACGAAGGAGAGAGGGGCGAGACUGGGCGUCAAAAAAGUCAUGGUGAUCGUCACAGAUGGAGAGUCACAUGACUACUACAGAUUAAAAGAUGUCAUUGAUGAGUGUGAAAAGGAUGGUAUUGAGAGGUUUGCCAUUGCUGUCCUUGGUGACUACAAUCGACAAAAUAAAAGCACUGAAGAUGUGAAGAAGUUUAUUAAGGAAAUUGAAGACAUUGCUAGUGAGAACAAAAAUGAUCAUUUCUUCAAUGUGUCGGAUGAAAGCGCACUAGUAAACAUCGUUGAUGCGCUUGGAAGCAAGAUCUUUGCCUUAGAAGCCACAUCAGGGAACCACACAUCCUCAUUUGAGAUGGAAAUGUCGCAGUCAGGGUUCAGCGCUCACACGUCUAAAGCUGGUGUCAUGCUGGGAGCUGUAGGAGCUUACGACUGGAAUGGCACCGUAGUGAUGCAAGCCGACAAUACAUUUGUUGUUCCCAAAAAGAGCGCCUUCCAUAAUCCUGCGGUGCAGAGGUACGAAGGCAUGUCUGGAUACGUAGGUUAUGACGUGCAGUCAGCAUACACACCUAAAGGGGUGCUGUACAUCACAGGAGCGCCACGGUUUAACCACAGCGGCCGUGUCACUGUGUACCGAUUUGAUGGGGAAAAUAUCACUAUUACACAGACGCUGAAUGGAGAGCAGAUUGGCUCGUAUUUCGGCAGCGUUCUCCAGACGCAUGACAUUGACCAAGACAAUUACACCGACAUACUUCUGGUAGGAUCUCCGAUGUACAUGGGGCCGGAGAGGGACGAACAAGGUCAAGUCUAUGUCUACAAACUCAAUGAGGAUGGGCUGUUUGAACAUGAGAUGACACUCAAGCCAGUCAAUCAAACAUGCUGUUAUGGUCACUCGAACAGUAACUGUAAAAGCACUAUUAAAAAUGAGCCGUGCGGAGCACGAUUCGGUACGGCGAUCGCUGCCGUAACCGACCUCAACAAGGACAAAUUCAAUGACAUUGUGAUUGGAUCGCCAUUAGAGAAUGACCACAGAGGAGCGGUGUAUAUUUAUCACGGUUCUCAGAAAUCAAUAAAGAAUGAAUAUGUACAGCGCAUCGCUGCUGGGGGAGAUGGAGAAAAGAUGAAGUUCUUUGGCCAAUCAAUUCACGGCAUCAUGGAUUUAAAUGAUGACGGUAUCAUAGAUGUCACCAUUGGUGGAAUAGGAGGCGCCGCACUUUAUUGGUCUCGGGAUGUUGCAGAACUUUUUGCAAAUAUGACCUUCGACCCAAGCAAGAUCAAUCUGCAACAGACGUGUCAGGUCCACGGCAAGACCACAGUAUGUGUGAAGACCAAAGUCUGCUUCAAGUAUCAAAUCAAGGGGAAAGAAACCGACACAAAAAAUGUCAUCAGGUACAGUUUGACACUGGACUCUCUUAGAGCGAUCUCCAGAGGACGCUUCAAUGAAACAGACGAAAGAAGGUUGCAGAAAAACGUAUCUAUCGAUGGCACGCUUUGCAGAGAACACACCUUCUACACGUCGGAUAAGCUGGAUUUCAGAGAUCCCAUUAUGGUCACACUGGAAUUCGGUUUAGUGGAAGAGGAUAAAGGUCCGGUGCUGGAUGCAGCGUUACCGACAUCAAUUAACAAAACCAUUGCUUUAGUUGACUGUGGAAAUGAUGACAAGUGUGUUGCUAAUCUUCACCUCAAAGCGACCGCUGACAUUUCAAGCCUUGUCAUAAGGAGUAACCAGGAGAAGUUUUAUGUCAACGUUAAAAUCCACAAUACCGAAGAUCAUGCUUACAACACCAAGGUCACGAUAAGCCACACAGAAAACAUCAACUAUGUCAAAGUUGAGCCUAAGGAUAAGGACUGUGAGACUGACAACACCAGAAUAGUGUGUGCAGUUGGAUAUCCGUUUCUCAGAAGUAACAAAGAGGAAACCUUCAAAAUCCAAUUUGAGCCCAAUCCUUCUCAUAUUCGUAAAGACAUUGUUAUCAACGUUACUGCGACCACUGAUAGCGAGGAACCAGAGUCUGCACUGAAAGACAACUUUGUGAGCAUCGUCAUACCUGUGAAGCACGAAGCCAACCCACGAUUCACUGCUGUCAAGUAUAUGAAGGAGGACUACAUCAUAUUAAAAGGGAAGGACACCAUACCAAGUGUUUUCAACCACACUAGUGUGAUCGGAGAUGAGGUCAAAAUCAGCUAUACGAUUGAGAGAGACACAGAAAUGCAGAGUCCUCCAUUUCAGCUCCAAAUAACCUUCCCAUAUCGCACAGCCGGAGCAAACUGGCUGCUGUACUUCACAGAUCUCACCCAUUCAGCGAACAUCAACUGUGAUGCCAAAAAGUUGAUUAACCCUUUAAACAUCAAACCUGACAAUCCUUACACAGUUACUUCUAAGAAAGAAAGCUUGAGUGUCUAUCUUUUGAGUUGUAAAGAAGAAAGAAACCCCUGCAAAUCAUUUAGCUGUUCGAUCCCACCUGCUGACUUCAACCAGAUCAAUGCCACUUUUAGAGUUUGGCGACCCACCUUCAUCAAAGGAGAAUUUUCUAGCAUCAACAUGGCUGUUGAUGCAAUGCUGGAGAGCAAAGACCCUGAGCUGUUUGUGUUAAAUCAGAAUGUCAUAAGUCGUGAGGUCAAAAUACAAGUAACCAAAGAUAUACAAACUGGAAUCCCGCUGUGGAUUAUCAUCUUGAGUAUUCUCCUAGGAUUAUUAAUACUGGCUCUUGUCAUCUUCGCUUUAUGGAAGGCUGGAUUCUUCAAGAGAAAAUCAGUAGAAGAAAUGAAUGAAGAAAAGAAGGAUUCUGACUGAGGAUUAUAGAUCCGUAGAUGGCAUUCUUCAGGUCAACUCAUGCAAGACAACCAGCAAAGGUCAUUGAGAUUAUAAUGAAGAAAUCUGAAAAUCAGAGUCACGUAGUAAAUUGGGGUUCCCUGCAUUUAAGAGUUGACCGACAUUUUGCUUGACACUUUGAAUAAUCUUCAUGUUCCCAGUGCAAAAUUCAGCCAAAUGUGAACUCCAGUGAACUUCUCACACACCACAAGGUUGGUGGACAUGUUGCCAAACCCAGAGAGUCAAGCUUUGAAAAGCAAAGCGGCGUAUGUUCAUCUAACUUGAACCUGAAAUCCCACCAGCCAAAAAAAAAAAAAACACAGGAGGCAGGAGCACAAGUCAUGUGUUCUCAUCCGUAUCCAUCAUCAGCAAAGGAGAGUUCAGUAACCUGUCCUGGCUUUACAUACCAAAACUUCAACAGAGAUCUACAGCUCUUAAUCAGAAACAUACCUUCAUAUGGGUCACAGAUUUAUAUACUGUAUGUAGAUCUAUGUCAUUUAUUUGUUUGGGGAGGGUUUUUGUAAAGCACUGUACAGUAAUGUUUUUUUGAGCUUAGUGUUAUCGGCACAUUCCUUUUAAUUCACAACGCAGGUUUUGGCACUGAUGUUUCUCACACUUUUUGUCUUUAUCCGAGCAUGAAGAUCAAAAGGUCUGGUUGUACUGUAAAUGUAAAGCUUAAAGUGUACAUAAGGUUAUGUUUGCAAUAUCACUUUAUUGAUAAAUGAAUAGCUUUAUCGGUGCGAUUUCGACACAUUGUAGAAAACAAUUUCACACCUACAACAUUUCUCAGGUAUUCCAGACACACAGCGUUUGGAAUCAUACAAUUAGACAGUCAUUCAUAUUUCCUGUUUAGUUCCCGCCAUAUGUACAUAUUAUAAAAUAAUUACUGUACUUGACUAAACAAGAAAUGUAUUUUUUCAGAUUUUGCCAAAAUAUUUCUUCUGCUGAGAGAAAAUUAAUGUAGAAAGCACUGUUAGAAGAAAAUGAUCCCUACUGUAUUUGUCACUGGGGCGGUACGCUUUCACAAUGACACUUUUGCACCUAAAGAUAUUAUUAGGACCUUAUAAGAGUACUGCCCCAGUGACAGCAUGGGUCAUGAUUUUUCUGAAGUGCACAGAAUAAAUAAUAUUAGUUAUAUGAACUGCUUUUUGAAACAUAACAGACCCUGAAAAACAACAGCUUAAAAGAUAGUAUGUUUUAAAUCAAACAACAUGAGUUAUAAGCAGUGUUGGGGGUAACGCAUUACAAGUAACGCGCAUUACGUAAUAAUAUUAUUUUUCUGAAGUAACGAGUAAAGUAAUGCAUUACUUUAUAAAUAUACACAUUCAUAUUUGAGUUACUUUUAUUAAAAAGUAAUGUGAGUUACUUUUCAAUUUAAUUAGUUCAAUUUAAAAAUAAAAUAAUGUACUGAAUUAAACGGAACAUAUUAACGUAAAAUUACGCACUCUUUGCGCCUGAGCAGGAACAGUUUGAAUCGGAAACAGGCCAUGACAUUUUUGCGAUCAUAAAAAAACACCUGCAAGGCCUGAAAGACAUCAAGUAAGAAAAAGUAACGCAAAAGAAACGUAAAAGUAACGUAAGGAUUACUUUCCAUGAAAAGUAACUAAGUAACGCAAUUAGUUACUUUUUCUGGGAGUAACUUAUUAUAGUAAUGCAUUACUUUUAAAAGUAACUUCCCCAACACUGGUUCUAAGUAUAUGAUGACAGAGUUAUUCAUUUACGUGAUGCAAAAACCGCUAAACGCCACCUCUGUCAAAAAUAAUGAUGUCAACCGAAUGCUCUUGGCGUGCAUCAAACACUUUUGCUUCAAAUCUGCUUAAUCCUGAUCUCAGGCCAUUCAGAAAUCCAUUAAGAGUCAGUAGUAUACUGUAGAUAAAUGUUUAUGGCCCUUAUGGGCUGAUAAAUAGUAUAGAAACAUGAAACACAAAGCACCAGUGUGGUGCAGGUAAAGAAUGCACAGUACCGACUAAAUACAGAUAUUGUAUAUGAGUGCCUUAAUAUGCAGUUCACUGAGUUUAUGAGUGGGGGGAAAUUGAUUCAUUUGUGACCCUGCCUGUGAAAUCAAGAUUAAUCUAAUAAUAAUAUGAGAAAGAGCAAGUAUGAUUUUAAUCACUGAUUUCAUAUUGAUUUCAAUCUUUGACAUGAUCUUACUCAGUCAAUAUUAAAAAUAUCAAAUAUUAUUUAUGUAGGAUGAUUUUAUGUACACUCUUAGAACGGAUGUGUUAAAAACAACACAAUAUGUGUCAGUUUAGGGACAACACACCAAAUGUGUUGUCCCAGAAUACACACAUAUCUCUGUUAUUAUUGGAACAAAACAUUUUGUGUUACUUUUAACUAACUUGUGUUUUAUUUAAAUACAAAAUCAACACUAAAUGACACAUAAUUUGUUAAAAUGACACAUAAUGUGUUAAAAUGACACAUAAUGUGUUUAAUAGCAUAACAAAAAACAAAAAAUGAACACAUCCUUUCCUAGAGUGAUAGAAAACAGUAAAUACCUUUAGUUGGGUUUUACAGACUGGGUCAAAUUUCUCUUAUUACCCAUACAAUUAAUGUAAUGUAUUAUGAAUAAAUGCAUUAAUAAUGCAUUAAGCCAUUGUUUUAAGAUUUGUAAAAAUGUAGCUGAACAUUUAUUUUCAUUCUCCAUUUAUGUCACUUUCAUCUUCUUCCUAUGUUGAAGUGUCAGAUAAAAAAAAUGUGAUCAUCAAUUGAAAAUAAUUUUAAGUGUGAAAAUGUAACACAUUCAGAGUGAAAUUAUAUUUUGGUUACACUUUAUUUUUAUCGUCCAGUUGAUUUAUUCUACCAACUUUAAGUUUAUAUACUACUAAACGUCACACAAAAAAGACCAAAGGAGUAUUAGUAGAUGGUGUUAGGGUUAGUGGGUUAAGCUGACAUAGUUGAAAAAGUACAUAAAGGGACAUAAAAUUAUUUUCCGACCCCUAUACAAACCUAUAUACAUUUCUUUGUUCUGCAAAAUUCAAAUGAGUAUAUUUUGAACAAUAUUUGUAGCCAAACAGAUCUGGGGCACCAUUGACUUCCAUAGUAAGAGAAAAUAAUAAAAUAAUAAGUGAAUGGUGCCCCAGAUCUAGCAAAACAAAGACAUUUAUACAGGUUUGGAACAGCGUGAGUGUUAGUAAAUGAUGACAGCAUUUAAAUUGUUUGGUGAACUAUUCCUUUAAAAUCAUUUGAAAGCCUGUUGAGGGAUCAUCACAAUAAAGUGUUAGUAGAUAUUAAGCAGACCGUCUACUAAAAGUUGAUGAAAAGAUUCUAAGUAAUUUGUGGUUAAUAAAAUGUCUAAAGUGGACUAUCAGAAUAAAGUGUUACUUUUAUUUUUUUCUUUCAAAGGAGGCAAAAACAAUUCAGGAAAAGUGCUUUUUAUUCAGGUGGUACUUUGUUGUACUUAAUUUUCUUCACGUGUCACAUUACCUUUUGCUUACUUCCAAUGUCACAGUUUUGUAAAUGUAUUAUGAGGUUUGAAAUGUAUAUAAGAUCACUCAGCAUUCAUUUUUAAGCACAUAAAAAAAGUAAAAAAAAAAACAGUUUGGCUUUGAAAACAUCAAGCCUCGCUCUGAAUUGGAGUCAGUCACUCUGCUGUGAAGUUUCUGUGUAAUGCACUGGUUUGUCAUGUUGUACAUACUCACCACAGAAAUUUAAAGCAUGGCACAUAUUGUCAAAAAACAUGCGCAGAAUAUAAUAAAUGCUUAUUUUGUAAUUUA